AUGGCGGAUGGGUCGCCUGAACACCGCAUCGGUCGAACUCAAAUGAACAAUUUAACUUUUACCGCGUCAGACACCUCGGAUGAUGACAUAAAAAAGUGCAGUGGGCAAACUUUAGACAGUGGUAAAAUGAAUUUAUCGUUCUACACCGAACUAGAAUUAGAUACGAGUGAUUCGUGUGAGAAAAGUGAUUCGAGCGGCGUGGUCUCGGACGAUUCCGCGACGCUCGGCGCUACAGAUUCCCGAAAAUUGGCUGGCAUUAACGCCGUAGACGGUGAUGAUAGGAAGAAGCGAUGUUUCGACAGAUAUGACAGCUCCGAAUCUUCUGACAGAUGGGUGAUACAUACCACGUCGCAGCCAGCAACAACCGGUCGUCCCCCGCCCCUACCGUCAUUAGAAGCAUGCGCGGGCGCAUUGGCCCUCGACCGUGGCGCAUGCUUCAAGCCGGGAACACGAUGGACGUGA